GUUUGAACCAACGCUACGGCUUCAUCCGCAAGGAGCAUAGGUCUUCAGGCAGCACAGUAAAGUCGUCCUCUAGCGGUCGCCACACACAGUUCAGUGAGGAGCUGUUGAACUCCUUGACAACUGCGCAAAACCAGAAUUCGACAUCUCCAGUCUCUGCUUCUCCUGCAAGAGGAACUGUAACUACUUCACCCAAACAACCGACUGCACUUGGUUCGCGCACUUGUGUGGCAAUUCCAGAAAUAUUGUCAGAACUAGC